UCGUCGUGUCAGGUGCGCGGGCUCCUGAGGAACCCACGAACCGAUUCUCCAUCGGAAUACCUGUUGAUUUUCUGUCGUCUCCAAAGAAGGAGGAUGUGGCUGUCGAGGACAUCGCUUUUAUUGAUAUUAAUCGCACUAGCGAGCUCUGAGAGAAAGAAUGAGGACGAUGCGUCAAGCGUAUUUAUCGAGGAGGCCAAAAACCUCUUCUCCCAGAAGUCGAUUGAGAAGAUGGCCCAAGCUUUCGCACAUUCAGAUGGCAGCAAACAGGUCGGCGAUACAAUGUUCGAGAAACGAUCCACAAUGGACGGUGUCAGCCAAAUCCUUUCCGGCCUCAGUAAUUUGAUGUCAGGGAACCAAAAUAAUCAGGGUUUUGACUUGUCGAUGGUAGGUUCGAUACUUAGUGCUUUGAGUACGAACGACAAUGUUGCCAAGAGAUCGAUAAAGGAUGAAGAGCACAAGGAGGAUGGCAUAGACUGGAAUAAUCUAAUCAACAUGGGCAGCGCGUUCUUCCAACAAAACGCGAACAACGACGCGAUAAUGGGUCUUGUGCCAAUGGUUUUAGAAGCUUUGGGUCAUGGAACUAAUGACGACGAUGCCGGUAAUAUGGAUCAUUCAGGGCACUCCUGGUUCUUGCCACCCAUUCUCGAAAACAUUCACGUCAUGUGGGAUCACUUUAGUAAUUCGGAGCUCGGCCAAACAUUAUGGAAAAAUAGCGGUUUGUCGAAAGUAAUCGCCCACAUGUCAGACGAGCACGGUAACAUUCAAUGGGAGAAGAUCUUGGGCAGCUUCGAAAAUCCUACUCUACGUCGAAGGUGGAUCAACUCACUUACGACUUUUGUAGCCGAAUGGAUCGCCCAUGUUUCUGACCCGAUGAAUCAGCAACGUUAUCUUACGACCGCGCAGUACGUUGGCAACAGUUUUCUAAAAUCCCAAGGAUUUCCAAAAACGAUGAUGUUUGACGCUACGAGGCCAACGGAGAGCCUUACCAGAUUGGCGAAUGCAAUAGCGAAGAAAUAUUUAAAUAUGAAGAUCGACAGCUCACAGUACGUGAGGCCAGCGAUAGCCUACUUUCAGGAAUUAGCAAGUUUGGCUUCUGAGAAAGGAUUUAUCAUGUCUCGAAUAAAUGCACGAGAGCUGAGCAACAAACUGAGUUAUGCCAUUAACAACGACAUCAUUGCUCCUAUUCUUAAGGCGUAUCGCGCAUACAAAUGGUCAACGAAAGUACCAUCGUGUGCUAGUCAAAUUUUGUGUACCAUAAACGAAAAGAAUCAAUCAGACGACAGCAAUGAGUCACGUAUACGCAAUGGAUUGCUGAGAGUAGCAAGUUUCCCUGCGGCUUGGGCAGUCAGCAAUAAGUUAGGAAUCAACUUCUGGUCUCUUUAUGGCGCCAUUAUGGAAAACGGUGGAUGCAUCAGCAAGUAUCCAGCAGAAUGUACGGCUUUCCACGAAGAAGAAAUUAGAGUGACUACAGAAAAUAUUCAUAACGACGAACUCUGAGUUUUAGAUUGUUAACAGUUUGUGAAAGACAUUGUUAAGUCGCCUCUAGAAAGAUGUGUCGCCAAAUGGUGUUCUUAUCUGUUCUCUAUUCUGUCUGUAUUUAUUGCACAAAAUGGAAUGCGCCAGACGAAGUCAUAUUGAUGACUGCAGUAGCAGAUAUAUGUAGAAGCGAUUAAAUAUUAAGGAGUGUUUUUUUAUAUGUACAUAAAUGAAGACACUAUAAAACAUUGACUUUAAAUAUUAAA